UGGCCACGAUACGAUCUCAGGCAGCGCGCAGUCGGAGUUGGUGCGCCCGCUCGGUCGGCCGCUAUUGAACCGGACGUCAGACGCCGGACGCCGGACGGCGGCGAUCAUCCGACACCUCUCCCGAAUGGCAGCUCCAUCGACAUAACGACCAUGGGCUGCACAAGCAGCGCUCCAAACAUGACUCCCUCGCUCUCGCAUUCAGAGAAAGACCUGAAGUUUUUAGACGAAGCAGACGAGAAACAAAUGAAAGAAGGCGAAGAAAAAGAAGUCAAUCACGAGAAAGGAAAAGAGUCAAACGGAAUUCAGGUGCUUCCUACGUGUGAUACAUUAGGCGACUCUACGCAAUUAGAUAGACAUAUCAAAUCACUUGUAAAUACUACGUCCACUGCGGAUCUCCAACAAGAUUCACAUAUGAACAGGCAUGUUGUGGAACAUGACAAUGAAAAUGCAAGGAAGGACACGGGUAAUUCAAACGCAGAUACAAUCGUGGAUUUACAAACGGAGGAAAAGUUGUCGAAAUUAGAGGAAGUUGUUGAAAAAGUUGUAGAACUGUACGUAGAAAACGGAUACGAAACGAAACUUACAAUUAGUGAGCCGGCUACUACUGAAGAUAUACUAGUAAAGACAGAUGAAAGUAAACAAGAAGCAGCAAGUGAGAAACGAGAACAUGCUGAUGAAAACAAAGAAGCCGAGGAGGAGACUGAAGAAGUUGCCAGUCCGAGCCAGUCGGAAAGCAGCCGCGCGACCCGCUGGGAGGCCCUCGCGGACAUUGCCGCCGAGCUGCCACCCUCGCUCGCUGUAGACCCCGUCACCGGACAAAUAUAUGCACUCUCUAAAUAAACCACCAAAUAAAUAUAAUACUGCGAAUUCUCUAUUACGUCAAUGUAAAACAUUGAGCGGUUCACGCCAAAUGCUGGAAUAGGGUCGCAUGACCUCACGGAUUGUGUGGCUAAAGAAACAUGAUGAAAGAUAACAAUUGAAAAUUGUGAUGUCUUAAGAGUAUUUCAAACAAAGUUCAAAUUAAAGUUAUUAUUACUUUUAAUUAUUAAAGUAUUCAAAUAAAUCUUAAAUACAAUUUGAUAUCUAUAACAUAGUUUCAACUUUUAACAUUGAUCAUGCCCACGCCAUUUUCAUCAGUUGUGCCACCAAACACAACAACACACAAUGCAGACUGUAACAUGCUGUUCCAAGCAGUCUCCACCCACUUGUCAAUAGUUUUCAUUUGUUCACAUUCAUUUUCACUGUUAACUUCAAGCUUUAAAUGUGCCAUAACAAAAUUAUAUUCUGUGGCAGCUUCAGAAAGUCUUGAUAUCACCUCUUCUGCUCCAUCAACAGUGUUUAAUUUAACUUUCUUUGGCUUGUUUUUCUUGAACUGAGCACUUAAACUUUCUUUGGCCUGUGUUAGGUAUGUAUGAUAAUCUCCUGUAAUAUCAUCACACCCAAUAACUAAUGAAGUUUUCUUCUGUUCAAUCAUAUGAUUAAAUAUUGACAAAGCAACUUCUGGUUUUGUUUCCAAUUUGUUAACAAUAUUUUGUUUGUAUUGUUGUCUGUUUGUGUGAACAGCAUCUCCAAAUUCCAUGCUUCUACUAAGUUUCAACUGCACCAAUUUCAAAGAUGUAACAGAGUCCUCUACAGAGCAAUGGCCAUUCUUUCCUGAUUGAAUGUCUUCAUUCAGGAACUCUUUAGCUAAAGCCUUAAGUUUAGGUUUGCGAGUUCUUUCACCAGUAAAA